ACUAGAAUAGAGUGAACUAGAAUGCAUGCCCCUGCUUCUUUUUCUUCUUUCAGUUCCCGCUUUAGCAUUACAGCGCCUCAUCGUCAUUAAAUUCAGCAAAGGCCCCUUAGCUUCAAUUCAAGAAAAGUCAUCUUUACGCUAAAGUGCGGGAAAAUAAGAAUCAUCUUUACGCAUACUGAUCGGAAUGGACUACCUUCUAGUGCAAAAUUAACGUAACCAGAAGUCUAGAAUUUGCUCUGAAGAUUUCGAUGUGAAAGAAUCUGCGAGAAUUAACAAACGAGAAUCUCUUUGUGAUAGCAAGUUUUGUGUGAUUGAAACGGUAAGAAGUGGAGGCUUGAUGAGAAUGAAUGGUAUAAAAGCUUCAUCGUUGCUAUCGAUUUCUUAGAAGAUUGCUCAUAUCGUACAACAUCAAAACCUUCCCUAGAACAUCUAUCUCGUCCGUCUCUCUUAUUCAACAUGGUACGCAAAGCAUUCUGUGUCCCAGCAUUGGUGACAAGCUUCAUCGCAAUCGUGCUGUUGGUCCUCACAACAGUUAGUGUUCCAACGACUUACCAUAAAUCAACUCCAUUUGAUGUCGUCCGUGCGAACAACUUAGGAGGUGCAGUUGAUUUAACCUCUGACAACCGUAGUGGAAUGAGCCGUCUUCGAUUUGGUUUGUGGGGUUAUUGCUCUCAACCUGUGAACAGUGAUCGUUUCAGUGAAUGCACAAACCCAUUGGAUCACAUGUACGUUGCUACCUUUGCAACACCCGGAGCAGCAAAUGAAAGUUCAUACAAAACAGCAAGUGUCAAACAAGGUUAUACAAGAGGUUUGGUAACAGCAGCAGUUGCAUUGGUAGCAUCUGUUAUCGCAUUUAUCCUAUCCUUCAUUCCAUCAUUGAUUGUCGAAUUGAUCGCUUCUUUCGUUUAUUUGAUCGCAACUUUGAUCACCCUUGCAGCUUUUAUCGUUCAAAUCGUUUUCUUCGUUUAUGUUCGUCAUGAAAUUCAUGACGUUGCUGAAAAUGCAAGCGUUUAUCCUGGUCCAGCAUUUUAUUUCACUCUUAUCUCAAUCCCACUCUUAUUCUUCUCCGCACUUACCGUUUGCUGUGGAUACCGUAAAGGACGCAAGGAUACCGUUACCGAUGAUACAAGCAGCAAGCAUGUCUUGAAGGCAUAAAUAUCUUGAUAAACUACCAUUCUUUUUAUACAAAAUUAGUCCAUCUAUAAUAUAAAUGAUGAAAUGAUACCAUUGAAUACA